AUCCAUAUCCAUCCUCCCCCUCGCCAAGCCAACUCUCUCCUCAGUCCUCCCCCUGGUUUGCCUGCCCUGUCUUGCCCAGUUGCCCAGUUGCCCCUGUCGGAAUCAGUCCAGGUUCAGGUCGGCAGUGGGCAGUGGUUCAGGUCGAGGCCUCGACGACGAAUCGCGCUGCGUCCCCUCCUCCCCGCCUGCUUCAUCAUGGAAGCCGACGUCCCCAUUGCCGCUGCUACCCCCAGGUACGGAGCAAGCCUAAGCCAAUAGCUGCACCCGGAGACACAGAUUUGGAGUAUUGAGCUGGCUCUCUGUUUUGUCGGUUGUGUGCUUCUACUUCAUAGAAAAGAGCUGCAUUUUCUUCUUAGUGCUUUGGAUGCUGGCCAGAUGAAGAGUAGUAGAUUUCUGUUCCUUUGUGCAAUGUUCUGUCUUAUGGCUCGGCUGGGAGCUGCCAAUGUCGUGCUAAUGGGGAAUAAUCUGACCCUGUCCUUCGAUGACAUUGAGGCGAGCUUUUCUCCAGGAGUGAAAGGGUCUGGAGUCAGUGGAGUAGUUUAUGCUUCUGAACCUUUGAAUGCCUGCAGCCCAUUAACAAUCAAAACAGUCAAUGGCCCUCCAUCUCCCUUUGCGUUAAUUAUAAGAGGCGGGUGCACAUUUGAUGAGAAAGUAAAAAAUGCACAGGAUGCUGGAUUCAAAGCUGCAAUCGUAUACGACAAUAAAAAUAGUGGGGUCCUGGUUUCAAUGGCUGGAAGCUCAAGUGGCAUUCAUAUAUAUGCCGUGUUCGUUUCAAAGGCCUCGGGAGAGGUGUUGAAGAAAUUCUCAGGCAAUAUGGAUGUAGAGGUGUGGAUACUACCUACUUUUGAGAACUCAGCCUGGUCGAUCAUGGCAAUCUCAUUCGUAUCGCUACUUGCCAUGUGUGCUGUACUGGGUACGUGUUUCUUUGUGAGAAGGCAUCGAAUAAGGAGGGAGCACCCUAGAAUCGCAGAAGAUCGAGAAUUCCAUGGAAUGAGCAGUCAGUUAGUUAAGGCUAUUCCAAGUCUUAUUUUUACAAAAGUGCAAGAAGAUAACUGCACAUCUUCAAUGUGUGCCAUUUGCUUGGCAGACUACAAUGUCGGAGAAAAGCUAAGAGUGCUGCCUUGCCGUCACAAGUUUCAUGCAGCUUGUGUGGACUUGUGGCUGACUUCUUGGCGAACAUUCUGUCCUAUAUGCAAGAGAGAUGCAAGGAGUGGAGCAUCAGAAGUUGUUGCGACAGAGGCUACCCCCUUGCUUUCUUCUGCUGCUCGGUUACCUUCAUUCCGGUCGAGUGUGGCAGCAUCCCCUCCAAGGCCAAUAAGCCGGCAUCCUUCAUCGCACUCGGUUUCUCGUGCUUACUCUGUUUCUAGUACCCCCAAUUCUCCCAACCCCUUUAUAUCUUCUCACAUAAGCUCACCUGGCAUCCGUGCAAGCAGAAGCAUCACAGACCUUGGAAAUAUAUCAUCUCUCCAUCCUCGCAUCUCACAUUUGUCAUCGACGCACUCCCUGGUUGGCAGCCACUUGUCUCCACCAAUCAGUAUAAGGUAUUGGUCGUCCCAUGUGGCGCAUUCAGGGUAUGGAUCACCCAGUCCACACGUGAGUUCAUCCUACAUCUCCAAUUCUGGGUAUGGUUCUUCAAGCUACUGCUAUCUGGGACUGGGAGGCUCCAGCCACAGCCAGCAUGGGACAUACCUAAGGCGCUGUGGAGAAUCGGGGCCAAGCCUGUGUACCAUGGUGCCGCAGCAGUUGCAGUGGGAGACUAAUGUAGCAGCAGGUGCGUCGUCAGCAAAGUCCCUGCGGCAGUCCUCCUACCUGAGACACUGUGGCGAUUCAGACGCCAGUUUGUCUGACAUGACGUCAGCCCAGUCGUUGCCGAGGUGCUGAGGGGGCUCUGGAUUUGUGAUUUGUGCAUUACACAGUGAGGAGUGUGUGACAUAACAUUACUACAUUGGCUGUGGUGUGGAGAGAAACAUGCAUAGCAAUAGAACAUACACAUAGUAGCACAUAGUAGGGUUUUGUUCUCUUGUUUCUGAGAUGAGAUGUGUUCUUGUGCUCGCGAUGCGUACAUAUGGCAAGUAACAUGCAUGAGGGAAUAAUAUUUAUUUGGUUGUCGUAUGGAAUGGAAUGGAAGGUUGUAGGGUGAAUUUAAGUUU